AUGACAUCAACAAACAUAUACGAAAGACAUUAUCUUACAAAGUCUCGUACAAAAAGCGAUGAUAAUGUAUAUGUGUUGAUAUUGUUUAAAUGUGACAAUACGUUUAUUAUUAAAAAAAAAUCAAAUCUUCAUGGUAUUGCAGAAAAUGGCCUAGUGACAAUGAAAGACCGAAAUAAAAAUUACGUUGGUUAUUGUUUAUUUGAAGGUGAGCGUUUAGUAAAUAACUAUCAUAAUACCGCCCAUGAAGAUUUCUAUUCGAAACUCGUACAUAUUAUAGGAUCAUUGACAGAAGUAGAAGCUGCGGCUGAGCGUUUAGAUAAAGAAAUGAAUACUGAUUUAGAAUCAGAUUGUGAAAAUAUCAUGAAUAAUCAUAAAUUAAACAAACAACAAGGAUUAGGUCAGUCUUCAAUUUUAAAAACGCCAAACAAUUCAAGUAUUGAAAUUGAUUGUUCAGCAACAAUGAAAAAUAAUAAGAUUCAGAAAAAAAUAGACAAUGAUUCAAUAGAUUCAACAAUACGAUCUUUAGCUACGACGUCUUUCGAUAAUACAUCAAAAACUUAUGAAACGCCACCAAUUUCAGAUAAAACUGUUCAGAAAAAGCAUGUACAGGAAGCAUCACGUAAACAAGGUGUUGUUCCUGCUUAUCAAGUCCUACGCGAUAUUCAAUAUAUAACCAGAGAUACAGAAAAUGGACAAAGUGAAGAAACAUUAUCAUCAUAUGAAGAUGAUGAUGAUUUUGAAACCGAUGAUGACGACGACUCAACAGAAAGAAUAAUUGGUAUAACAAACUCAUUAACAACCGCAGCACGAUUAAAAUCAACAUCAGUUAAUAAAGUUAAAUCACAGCAAUCCAAACAAUCCUCAUCAUAUGCUUUUAAAACAACAUCUCAUGAAACAACUUCGAAACGGUUGUGCAAUAAACAACUUUUUCCUUCAAACAGUGAUGGUUAUCAAGAAAUAAUGGUAUUAUUAAAAUCAUCGAUUUUAACAAACAAGGAUUUAGCAAGAGAUAUGAAACUAUCAUUACUUGAUAUAAAACAGUUAUUUGUGUUGAUCGAGAAGUUGGAUGCGAAGCUCAAUUUAAUAUUUGACAACCAAAAAAAAAUACAGCGAGCAUUAGCAAAAAGAAAAAUCAAUGUAGCGCUAUUUGGUGGUGAUUUCGAUGCAGAAAAUCAAUCACAGAGUGAUGUACCAUUUGAACGUUCACUGAAUUACCAGAAGCAAGAUGGCACAACUAUCGAUUUAUUACAAUUAUACGGCGUUCGAACGCAGAUAGGACGUUUCGUCGCCCUGGUGAUGGAUCAUGUUUUUACAAAACAUGAACUAUGCACCAUCACAACAAACCAAUUGAUAAAAGAUGAACGUUAUAACACUAUUAAGGAAGCUGUUAGAUCAAGGUUCAAAUUAAAUGCUGAAGAAAUGAAUGCCGAAUGGCCAACGAUUCAUGAAAGUAUACUUCAAAAACGACGCAACGAAAGAAUAUUUAUGGAUGAAAUAUUACAUGGAAUCAGUUUAUCAAAAAAUAUCUUUAUUACUGUAGCCAUUAAUCCAUCAAGAAAUCUUGAUGAUGAUUCUCAUGAUGGUUUUCAAGUUCAUCAAUGUGAUUAUAUUGUCCAUGAAUUACCACAAUCAUUAGAUAAUCUCAAAGUUUCAUAUGGAAUAUUAGAUUCAUAA